UUCAAGGACGUCCAAAGUGAAACAAACCCUGGAGGUAGAGUUGAGAACUAGAUACUGAGUCUGCGUUGAAGAAGGUAUUAUUCUGUGACAUUUCAGCUCUGUUCUCUUUGUGUAUUGAACAUAAGGAGCGAGCACUGUUGCUGAGAUUUCGUUUUUACUGAGUCCCACAAAAAUUAUGCAUCGCUGUUUAAGAGUAACUAUUGUUAACUUUGUUCUGGUGUUCUUUUGUACUCAUGUUUUGUUAGGCGGUAAAGUUAAGGAGUCGGUAAAUACAAAAUUAUUAGUUACGAUAGAAGGUGAUUUUGAAAAAGAAGUAUCAUCUAACAAUAAAAACGGAAAUUCAUCGAGCAACACGACUGAAGGACUUCAGCACAUAACGACAGAUCUUUUCUACGCUACAACCCCAACAACGACCAAACAACUUAAUGCGAACACCACAGACCUUUUCUACGUUACAACUCCAACAACGACCACACAACUUAAUGCGAAAACUACAGAUCUUUUCUACGCUACAACUCCAACAACGACCAAACAACUUAAUGCAACAACCACGGAUCUUCCUUACGCUACAACUCCAACAACGACCAAACAACUUAAUGCGAAAACCACAGAUCUUUUCUACGCUACAACCCCAACAACGACCAAACAACUUAAUGCAACAGCCACGGAUCUUCCUUACGCUACAACUCCAACAACGACCAAACAACUUAAUGCGAAAACCACAGAUCUUUUCUACGUUACAACUCCAACAACGACCAAACAACUUAAUGCAACAGCCACGGAUCUUCCUUACGCUACAACUCCAACAGCAAAAUCUAGAACCGUCACAGAGAAAGCAAUGGAAACGACCACGAAAUAUCCCGGCCCACAGUGGUCAGACAUAGAAAAAAAUGUCAAGAAUUUGAUUAGCACGUCUAUGAAACAGCUCUUACCAAAUAUGAUACGUACAACUUCCAGCGCUAACCUAUCAGGUUCCUGUUAUGCUAGUAUGUUGAAAAUGUUCUUAGGUUUUCGAAGCUUGAAAGCUUGGGCAUUUAGAAUGUUGGAUGCAUCAGCGAAGUUUGGUCCUGGAAUUUUGGACGGUACAACGACCGACUUUGGAUCUUAUGAUGAGUGUCUCAAUAUCAUUGUGUCCAACAAAAGAUCAAAGAAAGAGGACUUUCGUGGAAACUACUGCACGUUGAAAUUGAAACCAACUUUUCCUUCACCUUUAGCCCCUCUGGACACAAAACUACAAGAUACGGUGCUUGGUGAGAUAAAGGAGGCGCUAAUAUUCUUGUCCUCCUUAAACUACUUCUUUGGUUUGUGUGUUCCGUCAACGUGCUCAGCAGAAGAUGUUGAAAAAUUAGUAAAAGCAGCUUUUCAAGAUGUGGUACAAGUGACAGUGCCUCAUUGUGAGGUGAAAACCAAAACUAAGCUGAAUGCAGAACAGAUCGGAGUCUUAUCCUUACAUGGAACACUUAUAUUAUUGGUGAUCAUAGGAACCACUCUUGACUUAUGGAAACAAUAUCAACCGAAAGAAAAUACAGAUGAAUCAAAAACUUCUAAGCCGUGGAAGGAAAGUGUUUUAGACAUUUUCAAGUCAUUUUCUCUAUACACCAAUGGGAAGCAGUUGCUGAACACAAAAGUUGGAUCAGGUAACCUUGGAGUUCUUCAUGGAUUUCGGUUCUUCACCAUGUGUUGGGUGAUCUUGGCUCACACCUACAUGUUUCCGGAUUUUAACUAUUACA